CACGCAGCUGAAGACAAAACUGAAUGAGUGUUCUAGUGUUCUGACCAGAGAUCGCAACUUCCAUCAAGACAACAGAACAGUCUAAAGACAUGACUAUGUCCUGCGACAACCAGCAAGGAGACCAGUUGGAUUUGAAGGAGAGAAUAUGUACCUUUUUAAAGGUGAAGAAACAAGGAUCCACUGCCCUCCAGAUAGCGAAGGCUGUUGGAUUAAAGACGGCCAAGGAUGUAAACCGUGUCCUGUACGCUUUAAACAAAGCUGGACGUCUUUAUGUAACACCAGACAUUCCACCAGUCUGGUCUGUGAGUGUUCCAGAGUCAGAUCGAGUGCCUAGUCCUUCUGAGACCCCUGGCAUCACAGUGGAGGAACUGAGAAGGGUGCUGAUGUCACAGAGUGAUGGAAGAAGGAUGAGUGCGCCACAAAUUGCCAGAGAAUUGGGCCAAUCACGAAACUUAGUGACUAUGUCCUGCGACAACCAGCAAGGAGACCAGUUGGACUUGAAGGAGAGAAUAUGUACCUUUUUAAAGGUGAAGAAACAAGGAUCCACUGCCCUCCAGAUAGCGAAGGCUGUUGGACUGAAGACGGCCAAGGAUGUAAACAGUGUCCUGUACACUUUAAAAAGAGCUGGACUUCUUUAUGUAACACUAGACAUUCCACCAGUCUGGUCUGUGGAGAAACCAGGGGCGGCGUCUGUCUCUGUGAGUGUUCCAGAGUCAGAUCGAGUGCCUAGUCCUUCUGAGACCCCUGGCAUCACAGAGGAGGAACUGAGGAGGGUGCUGAUGUCAAAGAGUGAUGGAAGAGGGAUGAGUGCACAACAAAUUGCCAGAGAAUUGGGCCAAUCAAGAAAAUUAGUGAAUAAGCAUCUUUAUGACCUGCAAAGUAGCGGCAAGGCAGAAAAGUUGGGAGAGAAAGUGUGGAAAAUGAAGGAUGAAGCAAGCUGUGGAGCAAAGCUUAUUAAAUACGAGAGUGAGGCCAGUCCCCUCUGGCUUCCUGACCCACAGUGAGGCCAGUCUGUCCUCUCUGGCUUCCUAACCCACAGUGAUGCCAGUCUGUCCUCUCUGGCUUCCUGACCCACAGUGAUUCCAGUCUGUCCCUGACCCACAGUGAUGCCAGUCUGGCCUCUCUGGCUUCCUGACCCACAGUGAUGCCAGUCUGUCCUCUCUGGCUUCCUGACCCACAGUGAUGCCAGUCUGUCCUCUCUGGCUUCCUGACCCACAGUGAUGCCAGUCUGUCCUCUCUGGCUUCCUGACCCACAGUGAUUCCAGUCUGUCCCUGACCCACAGUGAUGCCAGUCUGUCCUCUCUGGCUUCCUGACCCACAGUGAUGCCAGUCUGUCCUCUCUGGCUUCCUGACCCACAGUGAUGCCAGUCUGUCCUCUCUGGCUUCCUGACCCACAGUGAUGCCAGUCUGUCCUCUCUGGCUUCCUGACCCACAGUGAUGCCAGUCUGUCCUCUCUGGCUUCCUGACCCACAGUGAUGCCAGUCUGUCCUCUCUGGCUUCCUGACCCACAGUGAUGCCAGUCUGUCCUCUCUGGCUUCCUGACCCACAGUGAUGCCAGUCUCCUCUGGCUAACCAUGUUUUUUUGAUGUUGUCUCUAAUUCUGUUUUUGGUUAAGGUUUGGCUUUGUUUGGGCUCUUUUACAUGGUAACAGCAAAACUGAAUCUCUCUCUCUCUCUCUGCAGUUAUGAUCCAGAUAUCUCCAUCACACCAAGUAGACCCCUCUUUAUUAAAUCAAACUGUUCCUAGAUGACCCAGAGGACUACGAUCCCAUUCUCCUGUGAAGAAAAACGCAAAUGACCUCACAAGCUACCCUCACUAUUAAAACAUUCACCCUAGUCUACCCUCACUAUUAAAACAUUCACCCUAGGCUACCCUCACUAUUAAAACAUUCACCCUAGGCUACCCUCACUAUUAAAACAUUCACCCUAGGCUACUCUCACUAUUAAAACAUUCACCCUAGGCUACCCUCACUAUUAAAACAUUCACCCUAGGCUACCCUCACUAUUAAAACAUUUACCAUAGGCUACCCUCACUAUUAAAAAAUUCACCCUAGGCUACCCUCACUAUUAAAACAUUCACCCUAGGCUACCCUCACUAUUAAAACAUUCACCCUAGGCUACCCUCACUAUUAAAACAUUCACCCUAGGCUACCCUCACUAUUAAAACAUUUACCAUAGGCUACCCUCACUAUUAAAACAUUCACCCUAGGCUACCCUCACUAUUAAAACAUUCACCCUAGGCUACCCUCACUAUUAAAACAUUCACCCUAGGCUACCCUCACUAUUAAAACAUUUACCAUAGGCUACCCUCACUAUUAAAACAUUCACCAUAGGCUACCCUCACUAUUAAAACAUUUACCAUAGGCUACCCUCACUAUUAAAACAUUCACCCUAGGCUACCCUCACUAUUAAAACAUUCACCCUAGGCUACCCUCACUAUUAAAACAUUCACCCUAGUCUACCCUCACUAUUAAAACAUUCACCCUAGGCUACCCUCACUAUUAAAACAUUCACCCUAGGCUACCCUCACUAUUAAAACAUUCACCCUAGUCUACCCUCACUAUUAAAACAUUCACCCUAGUCUACCCUCACUAUUAUAACAUUCACCAUAGGCUACCCUCACUAUUAAAACAUUCACCCUAGUCUACCCUCACUAUUAAAACAUUCACCCUAGUCUACCCUCACUAUUAAAACAUUUACCAUAGGCUACCCUCACUAUUAAAACAUUCACCCUAGGCUACCCUCACUAUUAAAACAUUUACCAUAGGCUACCCUCACUAUUAAAACAUUUACCAUAGGCUACCCUCACUAUUAAAACAUUUACCAUAGGCUACCCUCACUAUUAAAACAUUCACCCUAGUCUACCCUCACUAUUAAAACAUUCACCCUAGUCUACCCUCACUAUUAAAACAUUCACCCUAGUCUACCCUCACUAUUAAAACAUUCACCCUAGUCUACCCUCACUAUUAAAACAUUCACCCUAGUCUACCCUCACUAUUAAAACAUUCACCCUAGUCUACCCUCACUAUUAAAACAUUCACCCUAGGCUACCCUCACUAUUAAAACAUUUACCAUAGGCUACCCUCACUAUUAAAACAUUCACCCUAGGCUACCCUCACUAUUAAAACAUUCACCCUAGGCUACCCUCACUAUUAAAACAUUCACCCUAGGCUACCCUCACUAUUAAAACAUUUACCAUAGGCUACCCUCACUAUUAAAACAUUCACCAUAGGCUACCCUCACUAUUAAAACAUUUACCAUAGGCUACCCUCACAACACAAAUUGGAUGGAAAAACGUACGCCGUGAAGAUUGUGCAGAAUAUGG